GCGUGCGAUUCCGGUAGCGCGGCUACGCAUCGGGACUUCUUGUGAACGAUGGGAACGGCAACUACCAGAGCCAAAGGGGAGAAAAAGAGCUGGAGUGAGCAAAACAAAGAGCGAGUGUGGGUUGCGGUGACUUCAUGCCUCACCAAUGUCCCGCCCACGCUAUUGCUGCCUCCGAGCCACCGCGGCGCUUAGGCGGCGGAGGCUAGGCGCUCCGUAGCGUGGGGCGGUUUCCUAGCAACUCCGGGCCCAGAACGAGCCCACCUACCCCGCACUUUGGGAGCCCCCCACCCCCGCCCAACAGGCCCGGGCAGUACUCCUCCUCCCCGGCCCUCGGCGGACUCGCUUCCUUCGCAUCCUAGCCGGGUGCGCCCCCGAGCACGCCAGCUGCUCGGGCUCUGGACGGCGGGACGCCCGCGUCGCUCACUGGGGCCAAAAGGACCGGGGCAAGAAGCUCCCGCCCCCCGAGACCCGGCUCCUGCACCCUAGCGGAACGCCCCUCCCGCGCUCGCGGCGGUGCGCUCCACUCCCGCCGAGCAGGGAGCUGCGAUGCCUCGCUCCGGGUCUGCGGGCUCCGGCAGGGGCUUCUAGGACACUCAGGGAGCCGCCUCCCCCGGCUGCUGGCACCGAGAGCUUCCUCCCUCGUCGGCCAAGACCUGCCGCUUCGACUUUGCCCGCUUCUCAGCGGACGAGAUUGCAAAACUACAACUAAGUAGAGCUGGCCUCCCUGCCCACCUGUGGAAAUAGCUCAUGCUGACUGAUGCGCCAUCGACUUUUAUCCCCUUCGAUCUUGCCGGCGUCCCCUCCCACAGAUAUAGCAUCGCCCAGUGAAUGUAGAUCUAGGCUGGUUUUCCCCCCCAGCCUCGGGCUUUGUUUGUGUUUGGCUGUUCGCUAAGCUGAUUUAUGCAGCAGAAGCCCCACCGACUGGAAAGAAACAAAAGCUCCUUUCUUCGUCCCAGAGCGAACUGCAGAGCCCUCGCUCGCGUCGCCGCCUCGGGCCAUUGGCCGUCCAGGGAGGUGCUUCUAGCGGAGAUCCCGGGACCCGCCGCGCGAACUGGGAGGGCCGCUGGGGCCCUGAGAUGCCGAGCGGUGCCCCGGUCCGCGUACCUGCACCACUUGUUCCGAAGCGCGGCGUCCUCCUGCCCCGCCUGCGGAAAACUUCCUAGCGCCGGGCUCCAGGUGCCAGGGAGGCGCGAGUGCGCAUCCGGAUAACAGCCAGGCUGUGAGCGCGGUGCGGGCUGCUUUACAUUAUGUGCCGCUUGGCCCAGGCUUUUUUUACUGCUGCAUUUGUCUGCCUGCAAAACUGCCGGCGGGGUCCUGCCCCAUUGCUCCGGGCGGCCUGGGUGUUUUCAGUUGUUCUUGGACUGGGCCAAAGUGAAGACAAUAGAUGUGCAUCUUCCAACGCUGCGUCCUGUGCCAAGUGCCUUGCUCUGGGUCCAGAAUGUGGAUGGUGUGCCCAAGAGGAUUUCAUUUCAGGUGGAUCAAGCAGUGAACGUUGUGAUAUUAUUUCCAAUUUAAUAAGCAAAGGCUGCUCAACUGAUUCAAUAGAAUAUCCAUCUGUGCGUGUAAUACCAAGUGAAAAUGAAAUUAACACCCAGGUGACACCAGCAGAAGUGCUGAUCCAGCUGCGUCCAGGAGCUGAAACUAAUUUCAUGCUAAAAAUUCAUCCUCUGAAGAAAUAUCCUGUGGAUCUUUAUUAUCUGGUUGAUGUCUCAGCAUCAAUGCACAAUAAUAUUGAAAAAUUAAAUUCUGUUGGAAAUGAUUUAUCUAGAAAAAUGGCAUUUUUCUCCCAUGACUUCCGUCUUGGAUUUGGCUCAUAUGUUGAUAAAACAGUCUCACCAUAUAUUAGCAUCCACCCAGAAAGGAUUCAUAAUCAAUGCAGUGACUACAAUUUAGAUUGUAUGCCUCCCCAUGGAUACAUCCAUGUGCUCUCUUUGACGGAGAACAUAACUGAAUUUGAAAAAGCUGUUCACAGACAGAAGAUUUCUGGAAAUAUAGAUACACCUGAAGGAGGUUUUGAUGCUAUGCUUCAGGCAGCUGUCUGUGAGAGUCACAUUGGAUGGCGAAAAGAAGCUAAAAGACUGCUGCUGGUGAUGACAGAUCAGACAUCUCAUCUUGCUCUUGAUAGCAAAUUGGCAGGCAUAGUGGUACCAAAUGAUGGAAACUGUCAUCUGAAAAACAACGUCUAUGUCAGAUCAACAAGCAUGGAACAUCCUUCACUGGGUCAACUUUCAGAAAAAUUAAUAGACAACAACAUUAAUGUCAUUUUUGCUGUUCAAGGAAAACAAUUUCAUUGGUACAAGGACCUUCUGCCGCUAUUGCCUGGCACUAUUGCUGGUGAAAUAGAGUCAAAGGCUGCAAACCUCAAUAAUUUAGUAGUAGAAGCCUAUCAGAAACUCAUUUCAGAAGUGAAAGUUCAGGUGGAAAACGAGGUAAAAGGUGUCUAUUUUAACAUUACUGCAAUCUGUCCAGAUGGGGCCAGAAAACCAGGCACAGAUGGAUGUCGAAAUGUGACAAGCGAUGACGAGGUUCUUUUCAACGUAACAGUUACAAUGAAAAGAUGUGAUGUCACAGGAGGAAAAAGCUAUGCAAUAAUCAAGCCUAUUGGUUUCAAUGAAACCACCAGAAUUCAUAUACACAGAAACUGCAGCUGUCGGUGUGAUAACAGCAGAGACCCUAAAAGAAAGUGUGUAGAUGAAACUAUUCUAGAUGCCAAGUGUUUCCAAUGUGAUGAAAAUAAAUGUCAUUUUGAUGAAGAUCAGUUCCUUUAUGAGAGUUGCAAAUCACACAAGGAUCAACCUGUUUGCAGUAGUCGAGGAGUUUGUAUUUGUGGGAAAUGUUUAUGUCACAAAACUAAAUUUGGAAAAGUGUAUGGAAAAUACUGUGAAAAGGAUGACUUUUCUUGUCCAUAUCAUCAUGGAAAUCUGUGUGCUGGACACGGAGAGUGUGAAGCGGGCAGGUGCCAGUGUUUCAGUGGCUGGGAAGGGGAUCGGUGCCAAUGUCCAACAGCAUCAGCCCAGCACUGUAUCAAUGCAAAGGGCCAAGUGUGCAGUGGAAGAGGCAUGUGUGUAUGUGGCCGGUGUGAGUGCACUGAGCCUGGGAGCAUUGGCCGCUUCUGUGAACACUGCCCUACAUGUCACACAGCCUGCAGUGAAAACUGGAAUUGUGUGCAAUGCCUUCAUCUUCAUAAUCUGUCUCAAGCUAUACUUGAUCAGUGCAAAACCUCAUGUGCUCUCAUGGAACAGCAAUAUGUGCACCAAACAUCAGAAUGUUUCUCUAGUCCGAGCUACUUGAGAAUAUUUUUCAUCAUCUUCAUAAUUACAUUCUUGAUUGGGUUGCUUAAAGUCCUUAUCAUUAGACAGGUGAUACUACAAUGGAAUAGUAAUAAAAUUAAGUCCUCCGCAGAUUACAGAGUAUCAACUUCAAAAAAGGACAAGCUGAUUCUGCAAAGUGUUUGUACAAGAGCAGUAACUUACCGACGGGAGAAGCCUGAAGAAAUAAAAAUGGAUAUCAGCAAAUUAAAUGCUCAUGAAACUUUCAGGUGCAACUUCUGAAAAGAUUUUUCUAAAGUACUUUAUGGCAAACUGGAUUUUUAAUAAUUGCUCCUAAAAUUAUAAUUUUAGAAGUCACAGGAGGCGACAAGUUGCUCUAGAUAAUGUUGGUUGCUGGAUGUCCAAUGAAGACUGACAAACAUCCUCAUCACCAUGUGACUCACAUCGCUGCUGAAUUUUUCAGAGAAAAAUGUGUCUUACUACUGUUUGAGACUAGUGUGUCAUUGUAGCACUUUACUGUAAUAUAUAACUUAUUUAGAUCAGCAUAGAAUGUAGUUCAUCUGAAGAGCACUGAUUACACUUUACAGGUACCUGCCAUUCCUACACUUCCCAGAGAGAGACAAUGCUGUGAUAAUUUUGGCAUUUGUCACUACAAGGGUACAGUAAUUCCUGCAGAUGAAAUCCUGAACAUGCAGAUGAAAAAAUAAUAAUAAUAAUAAUCAGGCAUAUAUACUAAUGUUGCCAAGUACAUCAAAAAUUGGCAGUGAGUAGAUAAGAACAGCUAAGUGAAUAAAUGGUUACUGUUUCAUUUUUUCAAGAGGUGAACAUUAACUGUUCAAGACAGAUCAUUAAUUCUUGAAGGACAGUUUUAUGCAUGUGUAUUUAUGAUUUCUACUUUUUACAAGAUGGAUACUAAGUCCAACAUUUUCUCCUCUUUGUCUAUAUGUUUUGUUUUUCUUUCUUACAGGAUAAAUUUAUAUAUGUCACAGAUGACUGGAUUAAAUAAGUGCUAAGUUACUACUGCCAUAUGAAAUUAAUACAAUGUCACUUUAUUAGAAUACUGGUGUUAAAAGCUUAAUGUUUAAUAAGGGACACUGUAAAUUAACAUCAAAAUCUGAACAGCUUCUUUGUUUGCAGAUAUGGAGUUUUUUUGUAUCUUCUUACCUGGUAAACUGGAUGGAUUGUUUCACAAUUUCAUUUGCUUAAUCAUCAGGUUGAAAUUCACAAGAUACAUAGAAACUGCCUCAAGCAAAAUGCCACACUUUUGAGUCUAUUUUCUCAGACAUCUACUCAGUAAUAUUAGUCUUUUUCAAAUUCAAAUCUAUUAUUUUUGCUCUUCAGUGAAGCCUAAGGACAUGACAUUCUUCCUGAAUCACAUCAGUGCCCUCAUCAGAAUUCAAAAAAGUAUACAAUUAGGGGAGGACAGAUAAUAUUGUAGUAAUUAGCUAAUUCAUCCCUUUAGUUAGUAAGGAGAUUAAUACUCAGAACUUCUAAAUGAUUUCUCAAAAACCACCCAAGAGAUUAAGUGGCAGCAUCUGAAAAGAAUUUAUUGCCAGGCCAGUGUCAAUUGUACAGUAUCACGCUACCUCCUGAAUCUUGAAAAUAUUCAAUUGGCGAGUAUUUUUAAAUGUGAUUUACUGAAGUCUUAAGUAUAUGGACAUGAAAAUAUUCUGAAGUAAAACAGAACAUAAUUCAAACAAAUUGCCCAUGACUGGCUUCCAGCCUUUCCUAUUAAUCAGCUUCUAAGAGACUGCAGCAGGGCCCAACUACAGGGGAAUUCAUUCAUGCCAUAUCCAGAGUGAACAGUGUUCUCAGGCAUUGUGCAGUGCUCAGCCUGACAACUUAAUAGAGAGGCUACAAACUUUUAUCUUCCCCAAUGGAAACUUCUUCACAAUUUCCAUAUCCCUACAGACUCAUUCAUCUGAUUCAAAAAUCUGUGUGCUAUACAGAGCUUUGCCUAUUUUAACAAAGAAAUUUAUUUAAAAUGUCUUUCAAACACAGCAGCUCCAUUACCCAUCAUCUACAGUGAAGAAGUUAUGACACUAAAUUGAACUGUAUUCCCUUCCACAAAUGAGCGACUGGGUACAUUGCCAUAAUUCAGUAAUGUGACUCACCUGAUUGAGUUUAGAUCACCAAGGAUAAUGUAAAAUCGUAUUUUGUAGCCUGUCACACCCAGUAUCCUUUUGAAAAAGAAAAGUAAUGGAUACCUGACAGUCCCCUAAAAGGGAAAAGGGAAAAUAUCCACUCAUUAAAAUGCAGACAAUUUAAAAAUGAACAUAAUGAUGUUCAAAAACUAGUUUCCAUGUAGAUUUAAUUAUCCACAAAAGCAUAAUAAAAUGAAACCCUUAAAAAUCAGGGGUAUAUAUUUUUACAUGUUCAUUAGUUUGCACUAAUUUAAAAUGGACCAAGGCUGUUAUUAUUAUCAUAGGAAGGGACAGACUUCCUGUUAGGGAGUUCAAUACUAGAUGAUUGUGACGCCUUGUGCUUUAUUUUUUUUUUUUUUACUUAAAGAUGUAAUCCUUAAAGGUUUUAGAGCUUAUAUUUACUUGAAUAAUUGAUAUUUUCCUGUAUAAUGGUUUGUGAGAAGAAAACUAAUAUUUGACUAUAGAAUUAAUUAAAAGGUAAGGGAAAACAGGGUAUUCUUAGAUUAAAUAAUUUAUGUAUAUAGAGCAUAUUUUCAACUAACAUGACCACAGGAGCCUUUUGAUAUUCACUGAUACUAAACACAAGUAAAUGCUUAACAAAAUUAAGAACUUGAACACUUUUGGUACGACAGCAUUUCUAUGCCCUAAAGUAUGUAAUGAUUUAGAAAUGUACCAUGAUACACUACAAUAUAACUAUAUACAUUUUAUUUCUCUGGGGAUAUCUUUAUACUGCAGUGUGUAUGGAUUUACAAGCAUUUCGUAUCUUUUCUAAAAUUUAUUAAUAUUUAUUAAGCCAUAGGCAUUCUCUACAAGAAAAUUUUAUUUUAAAAUCUCAUAAUUAGUCCUUAAUGUUCAAUUUAGCUUUUGUUCAUAAUUUAAAAAAAAAAAAAAAACUAAGGUUAAACAGAAUAGAUUUCUCUAGAGGCAAAAUUUUCAGAAUGAAAAUUAGGGGGUACAUUAGAUGCAAUACUUUACUAAAGCAUAAAUUUCCAAUUUUUUUAAAUAUAUAUUUAAUCUCCAUGAAGACAUGACAGCAGGCAUCAUGAGACACAUUGAAAUGUGACUAUGAGGGACUAUAAAAAUUUUUCUCCAUAGAAUUAUAUUCCCCUGGUAGAACAGAUUAGACUCAAUAGCUUUUCCUUCCUUUCAUUACUCCUCUGUUUUAUCCACUAACUCUUCCUAAGAGGUUGCUCCAAAGCUUCUUGCUCAGUAAGUCUAAUUGUGGAAAAAAGAAAAGAAAUGUAAUAAUAUAAUGAAGUUCAUUUCCAAAUUUCUCAAUGUUCUUAAAACUCAUUUAAAUUAUGCUCCUGAACAAAGUUGGAUCCAUUAAAAAUGAAGAACUUAAAAUGUUCACAACUAUUUGAACUUUCAGUUUUAAAGGAUUUGAGAGCUACUUAUUUUCAUGAAAGUAUCAAGUGAGAUAUACUUGGAAGUUCAAUCAUGUGCAUAUUGUAUUGUUUUAUUUAUUCUUAAAUUUAAUUUAUGACUGUUCUUACUUAAACACAAACCUUAAGAACUCUAUUUCAUACAAUACAUACUGAGAUAUAUUUUCAUACAGAGGUAGUGUUCUUUCAGGCCACUCCUUUCCUUUUAUAAUUCCUCUAUGGCAAAUUCAUUAUGUGUAACUGAUUAUACAUACUGAUAUUUCAUUUAUUCUAAGAUAUCAACUUUUUAAUUUAACACCUCUGAAGCUGUGAUGUCACUUGCAAUUGUUGGCAUCUUAGAUGCAAUGUUUAAAGCUGUGCUUCCAUAUUAUAUUAAUUAAUCUUUAACUAAAUGCUCAUGAAUAUAAGGGCAGUGCUCUUCUUAUAAAUAUUUAAGGAUCCAUUUAUGAAAACAUGUGAAAUCAAUUUUUGUCUACAGCUGAAUCAUACACAACUCACACAGAGCCUUUCUGAUUAUGUGCUCAGAUUCUGCAGACCUUUUGGUUAUAAAAAGCUCUUACAGUCUCCUGUUUAUAUUUUAUGCUAUUGGCUGCAAUUUCAGCAAACCCUACCUUGGUUUAAAAGAGAGUAGGUUUUUCUCAGUUUUGUUGACAAAUUUUUAUUCUAUCUAUUCUUUUCAUAAUCUAUUUCCAACAGAAUUAACUGGAAAAUAUUACAUGACCAUCAUAAUUAGAUUUUGUAGUAUCUUGUAUGUCUUAUGUCAAUGAGGAGAGAAAAUAUGAUUCAAACUAUCAGUGCUGUGGAGAAAACUUUCCCUUUGAGUCCUCCUACAUUCUUUUAUUCUUUAUCAUUCAUUCUGUUCUUUUUUUUUUUUUUAAAUCUGGGCUCUGAUAAGCUUACCUUAAAGCAGAUACAAUGCCUGUUUAAAACCUACAUAUCUAAAUUAUUGGAAUUAUAUGAAAUAAUUAUUCAGUUAUCCGGGCAGCUGUUAAUGAAAUACCUGAGAGUAAUAACACUAUUCUUUAAUCUACCUGAAAUAUUUUUCUGUAUAAAAUUUAUCUUUGUAAGCUAACUGUUAAUCAGGUUUCUAGCCUAUAUAACCUACUUCAGUUAAAAAUUAUUUAACCCAAAAAUAUAUAUUAAAAAAAAAACCACUGCAGUCAUAAAGAAUGGAAAAUACAUCAACUCUGUAAACAACAUUUACUAAUUUAUCCUGUCACACAGAUAAAUAUGAUUUUGAAAAGAAUCCAACACAAUGACAGGUAUGAUACAUAGACUUCGUUAAGAAUGUCAAGUAUAAAAUGUUUUAAUUCUAAAUUAUAAAAAUAAAUUCGCACACAUUAAGAAAGAAAUUCACUUUGUGUAUAUUUGACAUAACUUUAAAACUACUUUACAUU